GGUCUCUCGUGUCAGCUGAUCAAUCCCGUUCCUGUCUGCUGAUGCACAGUAGUCGAGAUGUCGGGGAAAGACAGGCUGCCGAUUUUCCCCUCUCGGGGGGCCCAAAUGUUGAUGAAGGCUCGCUUACACGGGGCACAAAAGGGACAUGGAUUGCUGAAGAAGAAGGCAGAUGCGCUGCAAAUGCGCUUCAGAAUGAUACUAGGAAAAAUCAUAGAGACCAAAACUCUGAUGGGUGAAGUGAUGAAGGAGGCGGCAUUUUCGUUGGCCGAAGCGAAAUUCGCCACGGGAGACUUCAAUCAGGUGGUUCUGCAAAAUGUGACUAAAGCACAGAUCAAGAUCCGUUCUAAGAAGGACAACGUCGCCGGCGUGAAUUUGCCGAUAUUCGAGUCCUAUCAGGAUGGAACGGAUACUUACGAAUUAGCAGGUCUGGCCAGAGGCGGUCAACAAUUGGCCAAACUGAAGAAGAACUACCAGCGGGCGGUGAAAUUGCUCGUAGAACUGGCGUCGCUGCAAACGAGUUUCGUCACUCUGGACGAAGUCAUCAAGAUCACGAAUCGACGUGUCAAUGCUAUCGAGCACGUCAUCAUCCCGCGAAUUGAGAGAACACUGGCUUACAUUAUUUCGGAGCUUGAUGAGCUUGAAAGAGAGGAGUUCUAUCGGCUGAAGAAGAUUCAGGACAAGAAAAAGAUUGCCAAGGCAAAGGCUGAAGUAGAGAGAGCUCAAAUGAUUGCAGCCGGCCACGAUUUUGAGGCUGCAAAUCUGCUCGACGAGAGCGAUGAUGAUGUACUGUUUUAAAUUCUGUAAAUAAUACGUUAAAAUGUUAAGAUGUUAAUAUCUAAAUAGAAAAGACGUUCACAAAUUUACUUCGGAGCCACGACAGUCUCGGUUGUACAUUUUGGAGAAAGUCAUUGGCAGUUCCUUUUCCGCCUUGAAAAAGCCAUUGUGAAUAGUUUUGUUUAUCGAAAAAUACAUUUUAUAAUAUUUUUUGGGCAGCAAUUUAUAUGAAUUAGUGAUUAUGCAUAUAUAGACGUAUUAUACAAUACAGCUGCAACAUUAACACUCUUACUUCUUACAAAUAAAAAUAUUUCGAGUAUUUUAAUUUUAAAUAACGAAAAGUUUAACACAAUUUUAAUUCCAUAUGUCGCAAAUCAUUCCAUCAUCAUACGUGUCAUUUCCGGCUUUUAUGAUGCGAGGAAUUGUACAAUCCGAUAAUAAAGAAAUAUAUAUAUGUAUACA